AUGAAGACUUUGAUUCUAUCGAGAGCGAGAAACUCAAUCUUCUUUCUUCUAAGAAUGAACCCAUUUUGGAUUCAAUUCUUCUAUUUCAUCUUCAUCUCUUCAUUUGGAUUUCUACUUUUGAUGAUUUUAAAACCUUCAACAUAUCCUUCUUUUCAACCUACAAAGUUAGAUUUAUUCUACACUUCAGUGUCAGCCUCAACUGUUUCAAGCAUGUCAUCAAUUGAAAUGGAAGUUUUCUCCAAUUCCCAACUCAUUAUCUUAACAAUCCUUAUGUUUAUAGGAGGUGAGAUUUUUACUUCAAUGGUUGGACUUCAUUUGAGAAAAUUAUUUAAUGGUAACCUCCAAACUCCAAACCAGAUUAGAAGUAGUGUUGAGAGUUUUGAAUCUUUGAGUUUAAUCAAAUUCUUGAGUUUGGUAGUUUUGGGUUAUCUUCUGAUAACUCAUAUUGUUGGCAUUGGAAUGAUUGCCAUUUACUUCAUUUUCAUUUCAAGUUUUGCCAAAGAAAUCCUCAAGGAAAAAGGCAUAAAUUUGGUCACUUUUUCAUUCUUCACUUGUGUUUCUACCUUAGCUAGUUGUGGUUAUAUCCCAACAAAUGAAAACAUGAUUGUGUUUAAUGAGAAUUCAGGUCUUCUUCUAAUCUUAAUCCCUCAAAUUUUACUUGGUAAUACUUUGUACCCAUCUUGCUUAAGGCUUUGCAUUUGGGUUAUUGGGAAAUUUAGUAAAGAUGAUGAUCAUCAAUUCAAAGCUGAUUAUUUGUUGAAGAAUAGUGAAGAGAUUGGAUACCUUCAUUUGCUUCCUAGCCUUCAUUCUUGCCUUUUGGUUGGGACAGUUUUUGGUUUCAUUUUGAUUCAAUUUAUAUUGAUAUGUCCGAUGGAAUGGAAUUCCAAUGGUUUGAGUGGACUGAAUUCUUAUCAAAAAGUUGUUGGUAUUCUAUUUUUGAGCACAAAUUCUAGACAUUCUGGAGAAACUAUUGUCGAUCUUUCAACGCUCUCUCCUACCAUCUUGAUUAUGUUCGUUGUUAUGAUGUAUCUUCCUGCAUAUACAUCUUUUCUUCCAUUGAAAGAGAAGCAAGAACUAGAAGAUCAUCUUCAACCUCUGCAAAAAAGAAGAAGAACAAGAAAAGCAAAAGCUCUACAAAAUUUAUUGUUCUCACAGCUCUCUUAUCUUGUCAUCUUCAUCAUUAUUAUUUGCAUAAUUGAGAGGAAAAAGAUGAUUGAAGAUCCAAUCAAUUUCAGUGCUUUGAAUAUUGUGCUUGAAGUUAUUAGUGCUUAUGGAAACGUGGGAUUCACAACGGGGUAUAGCUGCAAACGGCAACUCCAUCCCCAAAAUGAUUGCGUUGAUAAAUGGUAUGGAUUUUCAGCAAAAUGGAGUAAUGAAGGCAAAAUAGUAUUGAUUUUCGUCAUGAUCUUUGGAAGACUUAAAAAAUUUAACAUGGAUGGUGGAAAAGCUUGGAAACUUGUCUAA